UGAUUUGGAGAUCUUACUACAAUGUUUUACGUGUAAUUAGGGGAGCUUAGGGGGGGCUUGAGCCCCCCUAGCCCCCCUCCUGUAUCCGCCCCUGAACCCGAAAGCUUAUAUGCUCGCAGAUUCUCACUGAUACUUCUGAGGAAGCCCUCGUUGAUAGUGCCAAGAAGGCAUUUGGAGUCUUGCAAAUGGAGCUAGUAUUCCUCUGUGGCUACCUCCACACUAGUUGGCCUAUGGUCUACUGGGAAGGGUUUCACUCGCUCGCCUUUUCUCUCCUACAAAUCUACAAUGUGUUGUGAGGCUGAGCAUGGCUUGGUGGUUGGCGGAAGAUUGUUUUAUACACCGGUUUAAGCCCAAUUUCUUUAUUACCAGAGAUUGAAAUUACUGGAAUAGCAAUUGCAGUGGUGCUUGCCGUGGACAUAGUGGAACCUAUGACAUACUUCCUCUCACUCUGGCAUACGUUGCUGUGUAUAUGCAAGUACGUGAACGGCAACAAAAUAUUUAGACACUUCAUUCUUCUCUCGGGAUCGGUUGAAGUGUUCCUUAGAAGGAAAUCAGUCAUACCUACGAGGAAAUCAGUCAUACCUAUAGGCCAGUACAGCUUCCUACAAUCAUUCAACUACAGUGCGUGGAAGUGGAAACUGGUGCACACACUUACUAUGGGAGUUGUUGAAAGCAAGAGCGAUGGGACAAAACUCUGUGUUACCAUCAAGCUUCCCCAGAAUGCGAAUAUCAAAGUCUUCGAGGCACUCAGCAGGCUUCGCUCCAUGAACCAAGAGGUCCAUCAUCUACCAAGAGACUUCACUCCACUACAUGCAGCUGGUGACUCCACAGAGCGCUACUGGUUGUCUUGCCUUCAGCUACCAACAUGCUCCCAUGUCAUUCUAGUCUUGCACGUUGCAACCAGCCUCUGUCAAAUGAAGCUCGCCCAAGACCAUCCCAUGAAGUUGAGCAGAAUAACCAGAUGCUUGCACUCCUUCCUAGCUAAGUGCCGCCGCUCUUCCAAUCAUUACCUGUUGGAUGAAAAGGCUCUUGAUGGUAAACUCAGGGCUAACUAUGAGGUGGCAAAUAGCUUGUCUCGGUACUGUGCAUACCUGCUUGUGUCCAGGCCUGAUCUGCUGCCUGAUACCAUUUUGGUGCCCAAGGUGCUAUUGCAAAAGGCUGUUGGACAUGCUCGUGACAAGCUGAAAGGCUUUGACGACUCAUGGCAGAGGAUCUACAGGAAGCUCAUGGAAGUGCCACUGGAGGAGCCCUCAGUUCACGGCAGCCAUCAAAGGAAGCUGAGUGUAAACAUAGUGGAGAAAGGAGCAAAACUAGGCAAGAAGUUGAUUGACCAAGAGACGGAAGAACAUCGCUGGGAGAUCCUAGCUAAAAUAUGGGUUAGUUUACUCAUACACAUUGCCCCCAGCCCCAAUGCAGAAGCACACAACAAAUAUCUCAAGCCCGGAUGUGAGUUCAUAAGCUACAUCUGGGCACUGUUUUGCCACUGUGGCAUUGAGAAGAGCGAGCUAUGGCAGGAGUACUGUGUAGGAUAAAGGAAUGGUUCUCUUGGAUCAUCUCAGCAAAACAAAGGCGUAGCUGCUACCCAGGUUCAGCAACCUAUUGCCUCUGGUCCAGCUACGGCUCAACCUUUCCAGGCUAGUGGUGUUUACUGUGAUCUUGAGGGUGGGGAAAUUAUGGAGACUGGUCCGACUCUACUAGAAUAAUCUUGAUGCCAUUCUUGUUUUACAUUCCUAGCUUCGAACUACAUGUACGUCUCAUAUUGUCAUAUUCAGAUUUGCAUGUGCAGACGCCAGUUGUGUUUGUCUUCAAAUGUGAUUUAAUGUAACAGCGUGUGACGUGUGCUUUCUUUACAGAACCUUGAAGCUAUGUGGUUGAGUGGAUUAUGAUUGUAUUAUUCUGACUGAUAA